UCUGAUCCAAUACAUUUCUCCAGAAAAUCACCCAAAUAUAAAGUAAAAUAGUUGAUUCUGUUGCAACAAUAGCUCUUGAAACACUUCGGGACCUGUUGAUUGAGGAAGCAAAGUUUCUAUCGAGUGUAGGCGGUGAGGUUGAGGAAGUCCGUAGGCAGCUCAAGAUCAUGCACUGUUUCUUGAAGGAUGUUAAUAGGAGGCAAGAUCGGUACAAUUCACAAACAGUCCAGAAUUGGGUCGCUGAACUUUGCGAUUUGUCCAUUCAAGCUGAGAAUGUACUAGACAGAUAUGCUAUUGAAGUGGUGUCCAGAAGAGAAGGAAAAAGCCUUAAAAAGGUUCUCAAAAGAUUUACUUGUAUAUUGAACGAGUGGUCGAGAAUGCACCAAAUCGGAGAAGACAUUAAAGAUAUCAAGUCUCAUAUGUCCGACCUCACCAAACAGUCGGAGUCCAUGAGUGUAGGAGACAACUCAUCAAGAUUGGUAGAUGAUACCGAUUGGUCAAGAAAAACGUAUGGACAUGAGGUUGAAAAAUAUUUUGUGGGAAUGAAGGAAGAUAUUAAACAGUUAGAAUCAUUUCUGACAACUAAUGAGAAAUCAAAUGGAGUGAUUUCCAUAUGUGGCAUGGGAGGCUUGGGAAAGACCACUCUUGCUACUAAAAUUUACAAUGGGGAGGCCGUGCAGCGGUGCUUCAAAUAUCGUGCUUGGGUUUGUGUAAGCCAGCAAUUCCAACCCAAAACUAUUUUCCAACGACUAUUAAAGCAACUUCUUCCGAAUGAAAGUGAGGAGCAAGACGAAGUUACAUUGGUCAUAAAGUUGUACCAAGUACAAAGAGAGAGAAAAUGUCUCCUAGUUUUGGAUGACGUCUGGGAAGUUGAUCACUGGAAUUGCUUAAGGCGUGCCUUUCCCAUUGCAGAGGUAGAUAGCAAAGCUUUGCUCACGACUAGAAAUCAAAACAUUGCUUCCACAGGAUACGUCCACAAUCUGAAGUGUUUGGAUGAAGAUGAAGGAUGGGAACUCCUUCAAAAGAUAGCACUCCCGAACUACUAUUCACAAGAGCUACUUACAACUGAAAUAAAAUUGUUCGAAGAAUAUGGCAAGGAGAUAGUAAAAAAAUGUGGUUGUCUACCAUUACCUAUUUCAGUUAUUGGGGGAAUUCUUCGUCGUGAAAACAAAUCAAUUGAAUGGGAAAAGGUCUAUAGAAAUCUUGAUUCGUACCUUCAACGUGGGAAAGGUUUGGAGAAAGACAAAAGAGUAGAGCAAAUACUAAAUUUGAGUUACAAUUUGCUUCCUUACAAUUUGAAGUCAUGUUUUUUGUAUUUGGGAUGUUUCCGAGAGGAUGAAGAUAUAGAAACAGAAAAUCUAUAUUUACUAUGGAUGGCUGAAGGAAUGAUUUCUUUGGAAGAUAGAGGAAGAGGAGAAAGUUUGCGUGAUGUUGUAGAACGCUAUUUGUUUGAGUUGGUAAAUAAAUAUAUGAUUUAAGUAGAAAUGCAUGAACAUUCGAUAUAUAGUAGGUACAAAUCAUGCCGGCUUCAUGAUCUGAUGCGAGAUUUGUGUUUGUUGAAAGGAAAAGAAGAAGGAUUUACAGAAGUUGUAGAUAGACAGACGAGUAGAGCCGAUGAGUCUUCAAUUUGCAAGACAAGUAGGUUGGCUAUCCAUUUGGACGAAUUGGGUGAUGGUGAUAUUCAGAAUAUUUGGAAAAAUAAAAACUUAAGAUCUCUUCUUUUCAUUUGGAAAGGGUGGCCAUACAGAUAUUGGAACCACAUGGAAGGUCUUAAUUUUGGUAUUUUCAAAUUUAUGAAAAUUUUAAUAUUAGAAGGCUACCAAUUUAAG